AUGAUACGAGCAGCACAUGUAGUACUUGAUUACUUUUUUACUUCAUAUCAUCGACGAUUAUUGAAAAGAACGAAAACAAAUACAGUAUCUAAUUGUGUCAUGUUUUUAUAUGCGCCUUGUGAAAGCAAUUUAACAUUGGAUGUAUUCGAUAAAAAAGAGCGUACUGAUGAUUACCAUAAUCUUGAUUCAUUUGUUGUACCUUUUGGUGAGCCAAUUGAUGAGUUAAGGAUCUAUAUUAAGCCAGUAAUUGGUAAAGCUUCUAUUAUAUUAAAGUGUAAUGAUUCGCAUUUAUCUGUUGAUCAUCGAAAUUUAGCCUAUCGCGCAGCUGGUGCUUAUCUUGCACAUCUUGAUAAACCGUUUCUAAUUAAAAUUGAUUUAUAUAAACGUAUACCAGCAGAAGCAGGACUUGGUGGUGGUAGUAUAGAUGCAGCAGUUGUUCUAUGUGCCUUCAAUACUUAUUUUAAUCAAGCUAUUGAUCGAACGAUAUUAAUGGCAAUAGCAGCUCAUCUCGGCUCUAGUGUAUCGCUAUUUUUAGGAUAUUUAUCGUUGGAUACAUCACAAACAAUAUUUUUCAAUUCAAAUUAUUUUCAUUCAGGUCAACCAUUGCAUACAUAUAAUAAUUGUAUUCAAAAAUAUGAUCAAUGUAUUGGUUUAUAUAUUUAA